GGGAGUGGCUGCCCAUAAGGGGGCUGGUUUUUUCCCCCUGUCUCUUAGGGGCCGAUAGGGGCGCCCUUCCUUUUUUCCAGCGCUUCCUUCGUCCAAAGGGAGGGAGGGGCGGCGGAUUCCCCACCCAGAAAGUCUUUUGGUCCUGCUUGGGGAGGUGUGUGUGGGGGGGUCGCAUUUGGGGCCCCGCCUGCGGAGAUCGCCCUUACAAGGGCGGGGGGGGUCGGACUAGAAGACCUCCGAGGUCCCUCCCAGCUGCGUUAUUCGGCCGGCCAGCCGGGGCCGAAGUGCAGUCGCUGCCGACCCCUCCCUGGAAAGAACCGCGGGCAGCUCAGCUGGCGGAUCUCCUACACCCGGACAGAAUAGAGUUUUCCGGUUCUCCCUUCUGGAAGCUUCGCUCCCUGCAUCUUCCCCCCCCCCCCCCGGUUGGAAGUGAGGCUGGAAGCCCAAGCAUGGAAGGGUCCCUGGAGAUGCCGGCCUUGGGCCGCCCCUUCCGGCUGGGAACGCUGUAUGACUGUCGCACAGAUGCCCUGAUUCCGGAUGUGACUCUGUGGGAUGCCGACGUCCUGCAAACGGAGGUCCGAGCCGAGGCCCAACCCGGGACGGAGGUUCAGGUGCUCCCGUCGGAGUCUCUGCAGAGCAAAGCCGAGGCCCUCGGCCUGAGCGGGUCCCUCCAGGCCAGCUUCCUCGCCGGGCUUUUUGAAGUGGCGGGAGCUGCCGCCUACCUGGAGGAGAGCCCGCCCACCGCGAGCCAGGCCCGCGGGACCCUCCACCUCUUGACCACCACGGAGCGGCGGCACCUGCCGACGGCUCUGCUGACCGGGGAGAGGGUCUCCUUCCGGGAAGCCUUUGAGGAGGGGUCCGCCACCCACGUGGUCACGGCCGUCCUCUACGGGGCCCGGGCCUUCUUUGUCUUCGACUGUGACGUCUCCGAAUCCGAAGACUUCCGGGACGUCCAGCAGCAUCUCCGGCAGGCGGUCGAGGCGAUCCCAAAGGUGGCCGCGGGAGGGCGAGCCCCCUUCCGAGGGAGCGACGCGCCGAGAGGAAUGGAAGGGAAGGUCCGCUGCACGUCGUACAGCGACAUCCCGCUGGAGAGCCCGACUCCUUUUCGGGAGGCCCUGGACAGCUACGCCCGUUUCCCCCGAAUGGUCGGAGAAGGCGGGAAGGCCGUGCCGGUGACCGUCUGGUUGUACCCGCUGGUGAAGCUGGACCCCAAAGCGGCUCGUAUCAUGCGGGAUCACCCCUGGGGUUGCUGGCUCGGCGAGGUGCAGGGUCACUUCCAGUCGCUGCUCGACGCCGAUCUCGGUUGGCGCCAGUUGAUCCAGUCCCCCGUGGCUGCCCUCUUCCCGGAGAUGAAGGAGCAACUGGAGCAGCUGCGCCUCCUCUGCGGGCAACACCGUCAGGUGUUCCGGCGGGAGGUCGGGAAGGCGCUGCUCGACGUCCGCGGCGGGAAGGACGAGGCGGCGAUCCUGGGGGACGUGUCGGCCCGGGUCAUCUGGAGCCCCUUCCACCAGCAGGCCCUGAAGGAGCUGCUGGACCGGAAGAAGCGGGAGACGGACUUCAUGUCGCUGUGCCUGUCCCGCCUCAAAGGGCUGGACGUCGUCUCGGCGCCGAACCGGCUCGACGAAGUAUUGCUAGGUUGCCGACACAGGUUCGUGGUGGCCUUUAUGUUCACCUCCUUACACCGGGGGGAGCCCGCCUUGGAGGAAUUGCGAGCUUGGCUCCGAAGGCCGUACGUCGAGGAAAGCGGGGGAGCGGCGCUCCCUGCAACGUCCUCGGAGAAGCCGAUGCCCAAGCUGUGGUUUGAGGACGAAGAGAGGAAGCACGGGAUCCGCUGUGCCGUCGCUUCCCUGUCAGACUUUGCCGAGAUCCACCAGAAACGGGAGGAUCUUCGCUUCCUGGUCUCCACGGUCUGGGACGAGAGCCACCCGGGAGCCUCGGUGUACCUCUACGAGGACGGCGCGUUGGUCGACCGCCAGCUGGAGCUGCCCUCCCGGCUCGGCCCUCCCAAGGUUGAGCCGGUCCAGGCGGACCGCGUCCGGGUGACGGUCCAGCCGUCGAGCUUUGGGGCGGCUUCGGUGUCCAGGUACGAGGUGGAGUACCGGGUCGCCGGGGAUGAGUGGACCAGCCUCGCUGGGGAAGACCUGCACGUGCGCCUCAACGUCGAGUACCAGUUCCGAUGCGCCCCCGUGACCCCCAUCGGGAUCGGCCGAUGGAGUGAGACGGUCCGGAUGCGUCACGCGGAGAAGCCCGAACAGGAGGCUCCCCUCCCGCGAGGGAGACUGGCGGAAUUUGGGAAGCGUAGCCAUCCAGGCGGAGAAGUGCAAGAGCUCAGGAUCGUCCUUGUGGGGAAAACCGGAGAUGGGAAAAGCGCCACGGGAAACACCAUCUUGGGAAGCCAACAGUUCAGGUCCGAGAUGAGCCUCCAGACCAUCACCCACAGCUGCCAGCGGGGCGAGACGCUGCUCAACGGCCGGAAGAUCGUGGUGGUGGACACGCCGGGCGUUUGCGACACCCGACUCUCCAAUAGCGAAACGGCCGCCAAGGUGAAGAGCUGCGUGGAGCUGUGUCCGCCCGGCCCCCACGCCUUCCUCCACGUCCUGAAGGUGGGGACCUUCACCGUCGAGGAGAAGGAGACCGUCCGCUUCAUCAAGAGCGUCUUCCAGAAGGAGGCCCUGCGCUACGUCAUCCUCCUCUUCACCCACAAGGAAGACCUGGAAGGGGGGUCGCUGCGGAGCUUCGUCUCCGCCCAGGACAAGGAGCUGAAGCGCUACAUCGGCGAGUGCGGGAGCCGCUGCCUGGCCUUCAGCAACCGGGCCGGCGGGGCCGAGCGGGAGGCCCAGGUGGAGCGGCUGAUCCGGAUGGUGGAGGAGCUGGUGGAGAAGAACCAGGGGGCCCCCUUUUACAAGGAGGAGCCACACAAGGGCUCCUCCUGGAACUUCUCCCUCUUCUAAGAGGGAGAGGGAGAAGGAGGGAGAGAGAAAGAGAGGAGAGGGAGAGAAGAGGGAAAUAGAGAGAGAGAGGGAGAGAAAGAGGGAAGGG